GUGAGAGAAGUGCGACGAUCGGUUCACCGAAGAUGUGGAUCGCGAGGGUUUUCUUGGCUUUAUCGGUUUUAACUUUGAUUCUUAUGUUUCUUUUUGUUACACUUUACAGUAACCCUUGCGCUUUCCAGACAAACGCAAGACAAUAUAUCUUGUUUUUGGUUGACAAAAGCAAUGUCACAGAUUCAACGCAAAGAGCUUUGCAAGCAGAUCCAACGAAGAGUCCUGUUACAAAGGUUGCUGCUAAGAUCACUUUUGCAAACACUACACUAAAAAGUCCUGUUCAUUUUGGGACACAAGCAUCUACCCUUGUGCCAGCUAUGGACAAGCACAACUUUACAUCAAUGCCACAAUGGGAAUUUGAUGAUCUCUAUCGAUUGGAUCCACAGUUUAAACAAAGUGAAUGCAUAACGUCCUUGCGGAAUUCCAGUGAUCCAGAAUUUACUAAGACAUUCAUUCCUAACAUUCAGCUGUUUUUACAAAGUGAUCAUCUUAACGUUAGUGAGUGGAACCGGCUUUAUCAUUUCAACAACCCCUUUGGCUAUAUGGGACUGAAUUACACAGCCAUUAAAGCUGCUGUUGACACCAUCCCUAAACUUAAUUCGACCCAGUUAUUGCCAGUACACACGGGUGCAGAAGAUGGCUGUAUUCGCUGUGCUGUUGUCGGGACAUCAGGCAUUCUUAAUGGCUCCAGACAAGGAGCAGAGAUCGACUCUAAUCAUUAUGUGUUCAGGAUGAAUGGAGCCAUUACAGCAGGACAUGAGGAGGAUGUUGGAAAAAGGACAUCAGUUUAUGUGCACACAGCACAUUCAAUAAUCACUUCCCUUAUAUUACACAAAAAGAGAGGUUUCAAACAGAUUCCUACUGACGAGGAUAUUAAAUAUGUUUUAAUACCAGAGGGUCCAAGAGACUACAACUUUCUCGACUCCCUGAUGAAGAACAGAAAAAUACCAUCAGGACCGUAUCGGGGACGAACGCCAAGGAAUUAUUACAGUGGGCAUUUCAAUGAAAGCUCCUACUACAUCCUACACCCAGACUUCCUCAGAUAUGUGCGGAACAGGUUUCUUAAGUCAAAACGGUUGCAAAAGAAAGGAUGGUGGGUGGUCAGACCAACUAAUGGAGCCUUUACUCUGCUGUUGGCUAUGCACACGUGUGACAUUGUGCGAGCCUAUGGUUUCAGCACAGAUGACUACCAGAAAUAUCCAAACUACUACUACGACGCCAAACACACCAAACUAGUGUUUUUUGCCAAUCACGAUUAUCGCUUGGAAAUGAAAACUUGGAAGAAACUUCAUGAUGACAAACAUAUCUGGUUGUAUCUGAGAAAAUCUGAUAUCUAGGUCAGAAACUGGGACUCUUACAAAAGUAGUCUUGAUAUACUUAAUUACUAAUGUAAGUGUUAUUUCACCAUGAGAUGAAAGGGAGUAACGGGAAAAGAAGUGACUUUUUGUGUAUUUUUUUGUUACAAUUUAUUAAAAAGUUUUAUAAAGUGGAAUUGAUUUCCAUGUUGUAUUGUAUUGUGAAAUAAAGAAUUUACUAUGGUAUUGUUAA